AUGGCGUCGGGGUCUGUGCUACUUGUAGUUGUAAAUGCUGAGAAAGCAAAGAAGAGAACAAGCAAAAAAUGGUACCCUGAGACAUUAAUGGUUCAGUUGGCAAAGAAGAAUGCACAGGACACGAAAUGCCUACAGAAAGAAUGCCGCGGUCAAAACAAAGAACCCAAAGGUCCUUAUUUGGCCAGCUCCAUCACUAUAAUCCCAGAAACACUGAAUCAUAUAGAAAUCGGGAUAGUUAACUGGAAGAGACUAAGCCCCUGUACAAGUAUCCUGCCGCUAGAAUUAAUAUUUAUAAUCCUUUCCCACCUCUCUCUCAAGUCCUUGCUCGCCUUCGGCGCAACAUCGCGCAACAACUAUGAACGCCAUAUCCUGUGCGUCCGGCAUCUUCGAUUAGCCGUAUUCCAGAAGCGAAUACACUCUGUCGUAUCCUUCCUACAAGUUGGAUGGGCAGCUCCAGACGAAAUAAGUGAGUCAGGAGACGUCAAAAGCACCAAAACACAACCCUCCAUGUACACCGUCAACAUUAUCCAACCGCGUCUUCCUUUUGCUUCGACUGGUUCAUCAUCGCUCCACGAUAAAUAUGACACCAAGGACAGUCUCAAAAUACUCCAGAGAUGCAGCCGACCCAACCUUUUAAUGGAUCAAAUGAUCCGCAACCAAAACGAAAUUUUCGCCCAAUUCGUCAACCGUUAUGGGAGCUCUCUUGCAGAGCUGGAAUUCAUGGCAUACGACCUAGAUGCUCAAGGUGCUCAGGCUUUAGGCCAAAACUGCCAGUACUCACUGCGCCAUCUUGCACUGCGAUUUGAGCAUCCGCAUAUCCGCGAUGGUUUUACAAAGCCGGCAAUGUGGUUCCAACCAGCACCGGGGAGUACGGCUUGGAAUGCACUGAUCGGGAUCGGACCUCAAUAUAAACCCUGCGGCAAGAUCACAGGACUGGAAACCAUUAUCAUGGAGCGGGCAGGUACCACGCCGUGGCAACUGUCAAUGCUUGUGCAGAAUAAUCCUAAUCUGAAGACGUUGAAGUUGAGGACGUGUAGUGGCGCACAACCGGAAUUCUUGAACUGGUUAGGAGGUAUCGACAAAGGAUCAGACUCUGAGAGUAUGAGCGGUGAUUGUGAGCAUGCACCUGGUGCGCAGCUGGAGAUUCUCUGGUUGGAGAACUGUCAACAAGUCUUGGAUAGAAAAGUCGAAAAGGUUGAUAAACUGCCGGAUGAGAUUUGUGAUAUCGGUUUGGAGUGGGUAAGGGGGUUGACGGGCUUGAAGUCCCUCUCUUUCAGCGAGUGCGCCAUCUCUCCCGCCAUGAGAAAUUCCCGCGCCAACCAUCUCUGGGAAACAGCUUUCUUUAAAUUCUUCCCCAAGCGUCACUCUCGAGAAAAAGAAGAACCGCCAAGACCCCUUGAACCUGCUACUGAAAUCAACGAACUCACCGACGGCUUUUACAUGUACUCGCAGUCUCUGCUUGAAGAAGAAGCAAAAAAGAGAGCAGCAGCCAUGGCGCACCAAAAGGAAGUGUCUGAUAGUUCAGAUAAUUCUUUUUCUUCUGCUUUGAUGUCUCCUAUCGAGCGUCGUAUCCGUCCUUACUGUAUUGAUAACCCUGACUGGGAGCAACCUGGGGCGUUGGUGGAGGAGAUCCGUGACGAGAAUGGCCUGGACAAGGUCAGCAGUAUCAUGUCUGUUUUUUCCAAGGUGUACGGCAUUGCCAAAGUUGUGUAUGUUGCAUUUGUGAGCUUUGGUGUCGAGCUUGACGACUUCCCCAUGGGCUUCCUGUUCCACAUCAAGCGUGCUGAAGACUAUGUGCGUUCCGUCUCUUUGGCCGAGCUGAAAGAAAUGGUCGAGAACCUAUACUAUGCCGUGUACGCCCGACUCAUCGCCGAAAUGGCCAAUGUCGAACUCUGCUCUUCGUUCACCGUCGACAUCCGUCGUGCCUCUGCGAAAGACACAAUCGUCCUACCCGAGCCCAGCCACAUGUACAAGAUCUUUCUGUCGUGCAAGGAAAUUCUCGACUCGCCCAGCAUCUGCAGUGAACUCAACAAACAUACCAUCCAAGCCUGCCAGGAAGGCUUCAUUCGUCGCAUCGCCAACCGCAUGUCAAACGGCGGCUUCUCCCUCGACGACGUCCUCGGUUACCGCCGCCACAUCCUAACCGAAGUCUCCAACGAGCUCUCCCCCUUUUGCCAGAAAUGGCACCGCCUCUCCGUCGUCUACCUCAUGCCAACCGCCGAGGUCCUCGCCAUCCUCUCCGAGAAAUACCUCGCCAUCAUGCCCAAGGCUCCCGUGCCCGGCGAAAUCUCCGUCUCCGACCUCCCCUUUAUCAACCCCGACACCAUCCGCCCGGACGUCUGGGAACGCCAGAUCAUCCUCGACCACCGCCAGGCUACACUCGCCAAGCUCGAAGGAAAGUCUAUUGGUGAUAUCCGCCGCGAAAACAACGGCCGCCGUCUGUUGGAUUUUGUCAAGGAGCGGAAGUGCGUGUGUCCGUCGACCUGCGAUUGUGCGCAUGAUUGCACCAUGAACAUCGAGCGCCCGUGUCCCUGUGCGCCGCGCAUGAUGCGGAUAAUGGUUGCUAAGCGUCGUCGGGGUCCGGGUGUGCAGCCUCUGAGCGAUAGGUGUAGCGGCCUGGCUAAGGCUAUCUUCGACGGUCUUGCGGUAAUUAGUCGUCACGUCGGGGACUCGCAGAUGGUUGAUGAGCUGGGUCUUGCUCUUCAGCUUAUCGAGGAGGAGAUUCAAAAGGAGCGCAUGGCUGAAUGA